GCGUGAAAUGGAUUCUGUGGGGUAUUAAUGCACCGAUACAAAAUUAGUGCCCAGGUGAGGUGGAUUGUAAUUUUUUUAUAUAUUUAUGACACCAAUAUUACCAAUAGUAGCAAAUUUUAGAGAGAAAAAUAAAAAAUCGGACAAUCCAAAGAAAGAAAAAUCAAAAAUCACAUAAAAAGUAAAAAAUCUAAAAACUCAACAAGAAAUGAAAGAAAGUGAAUCAUAAGAAUGCAGUAGGAAAUAUUAGGAAACCUCCUUUUAGUGCGGUUAAACGUAGUACAAAUUUUGUCAGUUUUUGUGCCCAAUUUCUCGAAACUUCUUCUUAUUUUUCAAAGCGGUGGCUGUAGGUAAACGUCUAAAGCGCUGUUUACAAUGAUUGCGUUAAGAAUAUUACGUGGCACAUAACGCAAAGUCAGUCGAAUACAUAGCAGCUCGAAGAAAGAUCAUAUGGCAUACAGAUCAACGUUAAUGAAGUGCAAAAUUAGAAAAAAUUCUUUGAAAAGUAGAAAAAAACAUUUUUUUUAUAAAAAUGUAAACGACCACGUUGAAAUCAUUUUGUUCUUGAAACAUCAAUCACGUGACUGUUUUGUUUUCACGAAAUUACGUCAUUGUUUUGAUUGUAAAAUGCUACACACGUAGAAAUCUGAAAAAUGUGUCAAGAAUUCGUGUUCUUCCGCAACGCAAGUUAGCGUAUUUCUCGGACUAUAAGUUCCACGUCACGCAUAACGCUGUUAUUGUGUAUUGCAUAUAACGCGGAAUAAUCAUUGGCUGCCUGGCGUAUCUAAAUCCACAAAAUGUGUGUUUUCGUGUAGAAGGAGCUUUAGACGUUACGGUGCAAAUACACUGGCGCGUUAGAACCAAAAUAUCUUCGUGAAACUGUCAAACGUUUAACGCAACGUUAGCGAAAGCUAUUAUGCAAAUUUCUUCUUAGAUAUGAAGCCAUAAUAUAUUUUAUUCAUCCGUAUGAAUUCACAAACGCAUACCCCACGUCCUUCAUUUCAGGAACAUGAAAAUAUUUUAUAUGAAUUAUUGGAACAAAAAUCUGCGACCGUAACCGGUGACUUGGACGAUUUUGAAGUAGAUGAAGAGGAGGAAUUAUCUGAUUGGGAAAAUAGUAUUGAGACUAGUGAUUUAGAUAAUACUAAUGAUAGUAAUCUCGAAAAUGAUUUGGAGGUAUUUCUUCUAAACAUCAGAAUUAUAUCUCUUACACUUUUCCUUUCGUUGCAGGAUAUAUCUAUACUUAUACCAGAACACUCGCGCUAUAUAACAAAUUUCAGUUAAAGAUUUUUUUGGUCUUUAUAUCUCAUUAUUUUGUGAAAAUUUAGAUU